UGCGAAGUGCGUUUGUGAAAUUUCGUUACAAAUUAUUUCGUUUGUUCAUAGUUUAUUUUUGUUAUCUAAUUUUUAUUGAAACGGAAGCGCAAUGUCGCAGCGUUCACAUUGCCAGGUCUUUCUCACAGUCGUCCUGGCAACGGCGACUAUGGCAGCUUUUCCGCCGAGCUUACGACAUCGUCCUGUCACUCAGAACAGGAUCCUGCAUAUAAACACCUCCUGCGAUCUCAGGAAUUUCAACGUGAGCGUGACGACGGAGAAGCCUUUCAAAGGGAUCAUCUUCGCGAAGGACUUCUCGCAGGAAUGCAGAGGUUACGGUGUGAUGAAGAAGGACGUUUCCGUGAGCUUUCCGACUUCAGGAUGCGGAGUUCGUCUGACCUCCAACGCAGACGAAAUGUUCUACAUGAUAACAGUUGUGGUGCAGCAGGAUAAGCAUCUUAGGCAGAUUAAAGAUCAGGAACGCACGGUGCAAUGUCGUAUAGAAAACAGCGCGUUCUCUGUGAAUAGCCGCAUGAUGGAGGAGGUCAUUAUGAAGGAGAUUAUCACUGAGAAAAGAGAUAGAAGUUCCAGGACUGGGCGGAUGAAACAAGAAGGAUGGUCCAAGGAAAUUUCUCCUGAAAAUUAUUCCUCCGAGACGAAGGAAUUGAACGAUGCUUUGUUAGCUGCUCGGGCGUGGAUGGAAAUUGCUCCUUCGAAUGUAAAUCAGAAGGAUGGAAUUUUGCAAGUUGGAGAAGAAGCAGUCCUUAUUGUUAAAUCUACGUUACCGGUUGGAAUCGGUUGGAAAGUCGUAGAUUGCGUGGCUCACGAUGGUCUGGGAGAUUCAUCGCAAAAGCUAUUAGAUGACAACGGGUGUCCAGUUGAUGAACUUUUACUGCCAGAACCAUCGAAAGGCCACAGUAGAUCCAUAGGUAUGAUGAGACAUCAAGAAGCUUCGUCGAAGUUCUCCGCGUUCAAAUUCCCGGAUCGCGAUCGCCUGCAUCUGUCGUGCAGCCUGCAGCUGUGCAGAUCGAAGUGCCAGAAGAUCGAUUGCGGUGAAGGGAAUCGCAUUAGCAGGAAUUUGCGGAGAGGUGAAGAGGGCGAGAUUCUGGAUCGGUUGGAGGUGUUCAACAGCGUUGAAGUUUUAGCUCCGGGCAUCGAGCUGGAAGAUAUUAGGCAAUUAGAGAGGUCUGAGGCUGAUCCUUUCCGCUUUGGUAAUAUACCAGGCGACAGAACAUUCUGCGUCUCACCAGAUAAAAUGGCUCUAACAUUCUGCGUUCUGGGAUUGAUAUUCCUUGUCGCGGUCAUAGUUGCAGCAGUGGCAUUAUACAAAGCCCGUCGUAACGGUGUCCCAAUGCCAUAUUACACACGCAGCGUGUUCUCGAGCAGCAGCGGAUCAGGAUCGGCGUACGGCAGCAAACUCCUCCUGCACGAGAGUCCUUGCAUGGGACAAUCCGCAUCCGUGCGAGGAUAUGGAAGGAUCUUAUAAGACUAACACCUACC